AUGGUGAGGGCACCUACUUUCGACAGCAAUGGAAUUAAGAAGGGGGCAUGGAGCAAAGAAGAAGAUGACAGAUUAAGAGCUUACAUCGAGAGAUUCGGCCACGCCAACUGGCGGUUGCUGCCCCCGUUAGCCGGAUUGGCUAGAUGUGGGAAGAGUUGCAGAUUGAGAUGGAUGAAUUACUUGAAGCCUGGCCUCAAACUAGGAAAGUUCACCAAAUUUGAAGAGGAACUUGUCAUCAAAUUACAUGAUCAACUCGGAAACAAGUGGUCAGCCAUUGCAGCGAAGCUACAUGGACGAAGCGACAACGAGAUCAAGAAUUACUGGCACGCACACAUAAAGAGGCGCGGUGGUGUCCCACGUCGCGAUGAUUCCGGUCAUAAAGAGGAGGGUUGUGAGAAUAUCGAUUUAUAUUCGUUUGCACGAGAUCAAGAUGAUGCUUUGACACAACCAUAUCAAUUAUUUUCACCCCAGUUUAAAUUAGAGGAGUUUCAUGAUUUUGGAGUUUUUGAAGAAAUGGAUAAUGAUGGAUCGACAUUUUCGAAUUAUUCAGAUGUUGGAAGUAAUUCAAGUAGUGUUAUUAGUGCAGAUUCUCAAGGAGGUUUCUGGAUUGAUCCAUUUGAAGAAGACAUAUUAGAAAUGGAGCUUUGGUGA